AAUAUACCAUAGAAGAAGAUUAUUUAUAUUCGUGUGUGUGUGGGUUGAAGAUGGCCGCCGCUAACAUGGCGAAAGAAGGUUUUGAAACCCAGUUCGCCUCUGUUAUGGAGAAGGUGCUGAAGACGGCAGUCAUGGAGACAACGCAACUUUUCGAAACAACUAUUGAGGAGCUGCGAUUCGAAAUAUGCAGAAUAAAAGAAGAGAACGAGGACCUCAAAUCGCGCCUUCGAUCCCCUGAAAAUGUGAAGAAAUCGACGGGUGAAAGUGAAAGACAAACCGCAGAGCCUGGACCGAGUCAAAGAACAUCACGUAUCGGCAAACGUGACAUUGGUGUCCAAUGUGUUCUGACAGUGCAAGCUUUGCCUCUGUCUGUGGAACAGCACCUGCGCGAGGAGGACCUGCACCGUGGGGCCUACGACAAGGAGGACAACCCACAGAUGGCCUUUGUACUGAUCAAACAGGAGGUGGACUGGGAGGCAGACUAUUCUGAUGACUACUCCCCGGGUACAUACUGCUAAAGCAGGAGGGGGGAGAGCCCCCGACUCUGGUCCGCAGACAACCUCUCAGAGAGUUACCAGGCAGAGCCCUGGUCCCACCUGGAGCCGUCAGAGCCCUGGUCAACCGUUACACCCAGGAAAGGCCUCCCACCACCCAGCCUACCUCAGCAGAGGCCCCCCUCCAGGGAGAUCCAGACACCCAGGAGACCCCCCAGGCUCUCAGCCCAUCCCAGCCCAGGACCAGAGAAGUUACCAAUGCCAGUGCAGGCCAGGCCCCUGGAGCAGAACAGCAGUCACUUGUAAUACCAACAGCAGAGUCUCCAACAUUACACCUGACAGCAUCUCCUCAAUCAGCAGCCACUAUCCAAUCUACAUCAACUGUCCUGUCUACUGUAAUGGCCCAGUCCACGGUAACUACUCUGUCAAAAGAAACUGUCCAAACGACCACGGCGGUCCAGUCGACUGUAGCGGUGAAGUCGACAGCAGCAUCGUCAGAGCGCCCGCCACCUGUCAUCUCCGGGUUACCCAGAACCCCUCUUCAGAAUACACAGCCCAGCCCCGUACCCCCUCGUCCAUCCCCAUCUCCUCGACCAUCACCAGCACAGUCCCACACAAACGUUCUACCUGUAGCUCGUCCAAUAGCAGUGCCCUCAACACAACCAGCUAGGCCUACAGCUGUACCUGAUGGACCACCGGCCGCACCACCAACACAACCGCUACCGCCUACAGUUUUGGAGAAAUCGGGCGUUGCCACGGCAACUCCGCCAACACCGGUCCAGUCCGCUCAGUUGCUAACUUUGUCUGAAGAACUUGCCGGCCCCUCUGAGAAGCAGGUGUCCUUGGUCACUGAGCAUGUGCAACCGUCCCCCACUCUGCCAUCACCGAAGUCCCCUGUUGUCCCAGAGAGGACGUCUGAUGAAGCCCCUCUACAGCUGUCCGCCCCUGCUGUAACCACACCCUCUGGCCCCUGUCAGAUGUUUAUGACACAGUUUUCAGCUCAGUUGUCAGUAGCACCCUUAGUACGCUCCCUACCGUGGGUGGAGGAAAAAGAGGAGGAGGAAGAUGAGGGGGAGAGGCUUUCCCCCCUCUCUGCCACGUCUAUGGAAGCUGUGAUGACCAGGUCUGUUGCUACGGAAACGACCCCCGUCGGUGAGAAAAAGGAGGAGAUUGUUGUCCAGUUAGGCAGCAAGCGAAAGUCAAGUCGACGUGAAGCGCUCCUCUCCGGUCUCCGCCUCCGCUUAAGGCCCCGCCCCCAGGACAGCACGCCAUCUCCAGUGGUUGCUAAGAAACCCAGAGGAGAGAGAACCGCCCCUCUAGACCACGACUACUCAAAGGUGAUGGAGGACGGAGAAGAAAAGUCCAGCGAAUCACACGUUGACCAGGAUGUAGUAGAGGACACAGCUAACGGUGAGAUGGCUGACGACAAGUCUAGUGGACAAGGAAGUAGUAACCACAUCAUCAGUGAGGAAGAGGGAGGAGCUAACACUGAUGUGACCUCUCUGACCAGACAAUCACCUAUUGGUGGAGGUGUUUGUGUGUCCAAAUCCAAGAAGAGAAGCAUGACCUGGGUGCAGGCUCAGAGAGGUUUGGCCCUAGCCCAGGCUAAGAGGAGUAGGUCGAAGGUCACUAAGACCUCACAGCAAGGUCAGAGGUCAGAGCUUAGAGGUCUGGUCACACAGACAUCGUUUCUGCCUUCCACUCCACAGCGCCGCCGGUCGUACAGCCCCAGCCCUCAUGCUGCGUCUACCUCAAGCCUCAGCCCACGCCGCACCAGCCCGCGUUGCACCAGCCCUCACGGUACCCCCAGCCCACACCAGGCUACGGAGGCGAAUUUGAAUCCUUCUCCUACCACCCCUCCUCACCCACAGCCUCACCAGUUCAAGGUAAUUUCUGCCACCCCUCGUCGCGGCAGACCUCGCUCGGCGGCCGCGGCGUUAUUGAAUUUGAAACGUUCUCCGUCCACCCCUCAACCUAUCCCCUUCAUUGUCACCGUCAGCCCUCACUCCGGAUUCAAAAAGUCCCCCCCAUGCACGCUGACAUUCCAGCAGGCGCAGCGGUAUCGCAAGUCACAACCGAUGUGGUCGCCGCCAGGACCGUUCCAGCUCCAACAGUCUCCCAAGUCUCCACGGAAACGUUUUACCAAGAACCAGUGUGCAGACUGUGGUCGCGUACUGAGCAGCGCCGCUGCUUUAGAGAGCCAUGCCUCCCUUCACACGGGGAAGCGCCCGUUCGCCUGCUCCACCUGCGGCAAGGACUUCCCCAACCUCAAGGGCCUCAACCGCCACGCCCGCGUCCACGGUGAACAGCGUGGCCACCAGUGUCCGAAGUGCGACAAGACCUUUGUCUACCGCUUCGGCCUGACUAAGCACGAGCAGAUGGUCCACAGCGGCGUGCGCCCGUUCAUCUGCCCGAUCUGUGACAAACGCUUCGUCAUCCGGCGCGACAUGGAGACGCAUCUCCGCGUUCACACUGGAGAGAAACCGUUUGCCUGCUCCCUCUGUGUGAAGCGGUUCAAGAGGCGUGUGGAGCUGAAUGUUCACCUGAGGUGGCACAACGGGGAGAAGAGACACUGGUGCUCGUACUGCGGGAAGGGCUUUCUGGAUUACAAUAAUCUGAAGAGGCACAAAUUUGUCCACACUGGGGAGAAACCUUACACCUGCUCUGAGUGUGGCAAGCACUUCAAACAGACUGGCCAUCUGAAGAAACACCUGAAGACAAUACACAAAGACAGAUAGAGAGGACAGGGGACGAGCCUUUAAUGGCACCCUAUUCCCUAUAUAGUGCACUACUUUGGACUAGAAAUAUAGCACUAUAUAGGGAAUAGGGUGUCAGAUGGUGAUGAGGGAAUAGUUCUGUUUGCUGUGAAUUUGCUUUUGUUUGGAAGAAUCAUGCUGCGAGAGAAUGUAGCAAAAUGUUAAAGAAAAAUGUUGAAUUUGAAUUGAGUUGAUUAAUUUAAUUAAAACUAAUUCUGGUUGUCAUUUGUUUUUCAUUCUAUUUAUUAGAAAAGUUAGAAUCCUAAAACCACAUUUAAAUUUAGGUGUACUGUGUUCAUGUCACACAAAAUGCUUUAAAAAAAAUGUUCUGCGGGUUUGAAGUUGUUGCUUUAAAAUGUGUUUAUUCCGUUUUAUUUGUACUUGAAAAUCUGGUCUGGCAUCGGAAGUUUCACUUGAACAACCGUCGAAGUCGUAAUUUUUCUUGUGGAGGGGGUUGUUACAUUUCACUACUAACCUUAUACAUUUCCUCCAAAACAUGACAACAAAUCUAUUUCACAAUUACAAACGUAUUAAUGCGGAUAAUGUCGCUAGUUUUAUCAUAUAGUCAAUGUUAAGCAAACGAACAAAUGUUAUUAUUAGUAAAGGUAGCUAGCAAUCAAGCUAGCUAAAAUCUUA